GUCACAACAUCAUGGCGGCGUACGUGCUGAACAAAAACACCGCACACUUUUACCCACGAAGAUAAGCAAUCGGAUAAUGACAAACGAUUACAUUUGCGUUUAAAUGGUCAAGUCAAAUGAUGAACAAGAAAACUGACGGCGAAAUAUGCCAAAUCCAAGAAAGCACGACCAUAACACUGGCUCAAAUGACUUAAGUGAAAUCUGGAGUCAUGGUUCCACAUUUUCACAAAAAAGGUUGAGAACAAACAAAUCGCGUAAAAGUCAGAAACUGACUCCCCAAUCUUCACCUUCUGUCAGGAAGUCACCACAUACUCGGUCUAAAGAUCUGGAGACCCCCAAACGACGAGCGAGGGGCAGAUACACGGGCUUAAACAACACUGCUGAUUCCCCCGGGGAUGGAGAUAUUUUACAAGACAUCAUAUGGGACCCGGCAUCACCUACUCCUGCUAGAAGUGGCGAAGGGCCCGGCAACACCAGAGUUGUUGAGAUAUCAGACAUUGUCAAUCGGAUCGCCCCUAAGGAUGCCCAGCAUGUCUCUGUGGAUAGUCCUCUGCUCCAGUGGAUUGGGGACAGUGCUGUCCCAUGUACCCCAGAGGUACGCCCGCCCAAAGCAAGGAAGAAAUCCACUCGGAAAAGCUCAGUGGAGGACUUGAUGCAGCUGGCCAGGCAGUUUGACAUCAACAUGCACCAGCAGGACCGAGAGAAGAGGAGUGCUGAACACACAAACAAUACCAUAAACAACAACCGCUCCGGGGAGGAACCCAAGUGCCCGACGAUGUCAUCAUCAGCCCAGCAGGUAGAGGCGGAGCUUAACGCUCUGUUCGACGGGCCGACACAGCGAGUCACCGGACGGCUCAGCCAAGGGUCGACCGCCUCCACCUGUUCUCAGGAGGUCAAGGUUCAAGUUGGGGUCAGCCAUCUCACUGCCGAUGACCUCGUCAAAGAGUCGGAGGUCAAGCCUGGCGGGGGAAGCACGUCUGGUUCAUCGGCUCGUACUGGUAAAGAGGAAGUAGGACAGUGGAACGCCACGACGACUGUGGCGAAAGACGAGGACUUUGACUGGGAGGAUGAUGACCUUCUCAAUGACCCUAUCGUGUUGGAGAUGACCCAGAAUCCCGAGGGGCUGAAAACGCUGUCCCCCAAACCCAGCAGCUCACUGACUCUGAGCACUGACAGAGACCACACACAGCUGCUGACAGAUACAGAGAAGACCCUACCACCCUCCUCUACUACCUCUAAUCCUAUCAGCGUGCCCUCUCACUCUGUCUGGGAGGGGACAAGCAUACACCUUCAACCCUCAAACAGAGGUGGCCUCACUGGGCCAUGUCCUAAACCCAAGCCCACCAGCAGAAGCACUUUCCUGCUGGAGCCCAACCUUUGUUUCCAGGUGAAUAUGGCUCCGACAACCAAAGAAGCCCUCAGACCGUUACUCACUGAUGGAGAGGUCCAGCCUGAGAGACCCAGGCCCGGCGUGUCUGCGGCUGUGGGGAGUAGGGGCUACAGUAGAGACUCUGCAGAAGGGAAGGCUGAUGGGGUGAGCACAGCCACAACUCCAACCUCACGUGGAGCCACAGCCCCAGACUCCGCUUUCAAAGACCUCUCAGAGGAGGACCUCCAGUUCCUGUUUGACUCUGAGUCGCUUUGGAACGACGAUGAAGGUGACGAUGACGAACUGCUGUAUCAGGUGUGUGACGACGUGGAAAGGAUCUCCAACAGUCAGCCCCUGUCCGAGGAUGCCUCCGUAACCACGGAUACCACUGAGGUCCGCCUCCAAGAGAGCAAACCGAAAGCUCCUCCAUCCGCCCCUCUGGCUGCAACGAGAGAGGGGACUGUGACUAUGGAUACGGCUGUAGGUGGUCCUAGCAGUAAACAGUCAACCACCUGCACGUCUGGCCGCUCCAACUCAGCACCAGGAGAUGGGAGCAGCACCCCUGUGCACUUUCAGAGAUGGAACAUUCCAGCGAAAGCAGGAAAUGUUUGGGUCGGACAUCAUACAGUCACGUCCCAGAGCCAUCCAGGCAGUGGGGAGGGUCUGGGCAAGUUUACCCAGCUGAAGGGUGCUCCAGGCUGGGGAACAUUUGGCCUAGGAUCCCUUGGAGUUAGAACCUUCCAAGCGGAGAACUCAAAGUCGGUCAUGCCACGGACCAUGUCGGCAAGAACCCUCCCAAACUCAAAUUCCCAUCAUGCGUCAUCGUUCAAGAGACAUCUGUCGGACUCGGUCGCCAUCGGCAACAAAGUGUUUGUCAACAGUCAGCUGACGGGGAGAUGCACGGAGGAGGAGAUUGAGAGGAAGAAGCAGGAGGCCAUAGCCAGAAGAAGGACCAGAGAAACCUCCCUAAAAGCAGGGGGACUUCCUCUGUGACUCAACAAUGGGACACUAGAUUAAUACACAGUGAACCAGAAUACCUGUAGAAUAGCUAUGCUAUGCUAGGUAGGUACCCUAAACAUUUAUCACUGUUUGUUCACAGAACACUGUCGGUGCUUACUAGAACGGUUUUGCCUUACGGAGCUGUACUGCUUGAGACACACACACACACACACACACACACACACACACACACACACACACACACACACACACACACACACACACACUUGAGAGCUGCUGCACUGUUUUAGUUGCUUAUAUUCUCACUGUUGUUCUUUCUGGAGGUCACUGAGAAGUUGAGUAGAAUAUACAACAGCAACACUGUAUCAGGAGUCACAGCAAACGGUUGUCUUGUAAAUGCCUUUACAGCACCUCAAAGGGAGAUUUGGGUCACUUUUUAUUGUUGUUGUUGUUGUUUACACGUCUGUUGACAUUCCAAGUAGAUAAUGAGUCAUCUUGAUGAGCAAUGUGGAGAUCUUGUUCUACUGUCUUCCAAUAGUAUCUUUCAGAUAAACUAUAGGUCCACAACUCACCUUGUUGCUGCAACAUUAUAGUACAUUAUCUUUACACUGCAUGUGGUAUAUUAGUACCUUGUGUUCUGCACCUUACCCAGAAAUGAGAAUAACUCCAACACUAAGCAGGUUUCCGUCCAAACUUUUUAUGUGAGUCGGGAAAGAAAAUGUCACCACAGACCUGAUGGAAACGGCAAGUUUGUCAGUGAACUUGUCCAAAUGUCGACAAAACAAUAUACGCUAGGCAAGAUGGGAUAUGAGAUGGGUGGUACAAGUCUAAAGUGAUGAUGCUCCUUUCCAUUCAAUAUCAAGGGCUUUAUUCUGGUGACAUGAUGAUGCUCCUUACCAUUCAAUAUCAAGGGCUUUAUUCUGGGGACAUGAUGAUGCUCCUUUCCAUUCAAUAUCAAGAGCUUUAUUCUGGUGACAUGAUGAUGGUCCUUUCCAUUCAAUAUCAAGGGCUUUAUUCUGGUGACAUGAUGAUGCUCCUUACCAUUCAAUAUCAAGGGCUUUAUUCUGGUGACAUGAUGAUGCUCCUUACCAUUCAAUAUCAAGGGCUUUAUUCUGGUGACAUGAUGCUCCUUUCCAUUCAAUAUCAAGGGCUUUAUUCUGGUGACAUGAUGAUGCUCCUUACCAUUCAAUAUCAAGGGCUUUAUUCUGGUGACAUGAUGAUGCUCCUUUCCAUUCAAUAUCAAGAGCUUUAUUCUGGUGACAUGAUGAUGCUCCUUUCCAUUCAAUAUCAAGGGCUUUAUUCUGGUGACAUGAUGAUGCUCCUUUCCAUUCAAUAUCAAGGGCUUUAUUCUGGUGACAUGAUGAUGCUCCUUUCCAUUCAAUAUCAAGAGCUUUAUUCUGGUGACAUGAUGAUGCUCCUUACCAUUCAAUAUCAAGGGCUUUAUUCUGGUGACAUGAUGAUGCUCCUUUCCAUUCAAUAUCAAGAGCUUUAUUCUGGUGACAUGAUGAUGCUCCUUUCCAUUCAAUAUCAAGGGCUUUAUUCUGGUGACAUGAUGAUGCUCCUUACCAUUCAAUAUCAAGGGCUUUAUUCUGGUGACAUGAUGAUGCUCCUUUCCAUUCAAUAUCAAGGGCUUUAUUCUGGUGACAUGAUGCUCCUUUCCAUUCAAUAUCAAGGGCUUUAUUCUGGUGACAUGAUGAUGCUCCUUUCCAUUAAAUAUCAAGGGCUUUAUUCUGGUGACAUGAUGACGCUCCUUUCCAUUCAAUAUCAAGAGCUUUAUUCUGGUGACAUGAUGAUGCUCCUUACCAUUCAAUAUCAAGGGCUUUAUUCUGGUGACAUGAUGAUGCUCCUUACCAUUCAAUAUCAUCAAGGGCUUUAUUCUGGUGACAUGAUGAUGCUCCUUUCCAUUCAAUAUCAAGGGCUUUAUUCUGGUGACAUGAUGAUGCUCCUUUCCAUUCAAUAUCAAGGGCUUUAUUCUGGUGACAUGAUGAUGCUCCUUUCCAUUCAAUAUCAAGAGCUUUAUUCUGGUGACAUGAUGAUGCUCCUUACCAUUCAAUAUCAAGGGCUUUAUUCUGGUGACAUGAUGAUGCUCCUUUCCAUUCAAUAUCAAGAGCUUUAUUCUGGUGACAUGAUGAUGCUCCUUUCCAUUCAAUAUCAAGGGCUUUAUUCUGGUGACAUGAUGCUCCUUACCAUUCAAUAUCAAGGGCUUUAUUCUGGUGACAUGAUGAUGCUCCUUUCCAUUCAAUAUCAAGGGCUUUAUUCUGGUGACAUGAUGCUCCUUUCCAUUCAAUAUCAAGGGCUUUAUUCUGGUGACAUGAUGAUGCUCCUUUCCAUUAAAUAUCAAGGGCUUUAUUCUGGUGACAUGAUGACGCUCCUUUCCAUUCAAUAUCAAGAGCUUUAUUCUGGUGACAUGAUGAUGCUCCUUACCAUUCAAUAUCAAGGGCUUUAUUCUGGUGACAUGAUGAUGCUCCUUACCAUUCAAUAUCAUCAAGGGCUUUAUUCUGGUGACAUGAUGAUGCUCCUUUCCAUUCAAUAUCAAGGGCUUUAUUCUGGUGACAUGAUGCUCCUUUCCAUUCAAUAUCAAGGGCUUUAUUCUGGUGACAUGAUGACGCUCCUUACCAUUCAAUAUCAAGGGCUUUAUUCUAGUGACAUGAUGAUGCUCCUUUCCAUUCAAUAUCAAGGGCUUUAUUCUGGUGACAUGAUGAUGCUCCUUUCCAUUCAAUAUCAAGAGCUUUAUUCUGGUGACAUGAUGAUGCUCCUUACCAUUCAAUAUCAAGAGCUUUAUUCUGGUGACAUGAUGAUCGAUGCUUUGCUGCCGUUUGCCCAUAAUAAUCUCCCAUCAGAUUUGUUUUUAGUGUCUUUUAUGUACCAGAGAUGACCAGUUAUACCUAAAAGAAAAACGACUGUGUUGACCAAAACCACCUGGCAUAUACUGUUUCAUCAAAAUGUUCAUUCAGAUUCUGUAAUCAAAGAUGAUCAAAGUAGUGUGUUUAGAGACUGCAGCUCGGCUGUGAAUCAAGACGGUGUGAUGUUAUGUUGAAGAACUUUUACGACUUUAUUAAAACCCAAUGUGUUAGAAAAUAAAGUUGAUUUUCCUUUCAUUUUUACUUGAAUAUGUCACUACUGACGAGAUUAGACUUUUUCACCAUCUUGUUUUUUAAAUGUGAAAAUGUAUGCAUUUUAUUUUUCUUUGCGUUGUCAUAGUUACCUUGUUUUUUGUUUUCUUUUCUUAUGGUGGUCCAUAUUUGCACAGGUCACAGUGGUAUGAACAGAAAGACCACAGUAUCAUGCCACUUAUGCAAUAUUACUAGAUGGUGUUAUUCAUUCUGAGUCAAAACCACCAUUAAACUAUCAUCAAAACCA